CACACACGUCAUUAUAUUCGAAAUCACAAACACGGUGCUAACCUUAAAUCCUGUAAUCUUCAGUCCCCUCCGGGGUUUGUUGAAGACAUGAGUUCUGAUGCUGAAAUGGCGGUCUUUGGGGAGGCUGCCCCAUACCUGAGGAAACCUGAACGAGAGAGGAUUGAAGCCCAGAACAGGCCGUUUGAUGCCAAGACAGCGGUGUUUGUGGUUGAUCCAAAGGAGCUGUAUGCCAAAGGCACUCUCCAAGGCAAAGAGGGGGGCAAAGUCACUGUUAAAACAGAUGCUGGACAGGUGCUAAUGGUGAAGGAUGACCAAGUCUUUCCUAUGAACCCACCGAAGUUCGACAAGAUUGAGGACAUGGCCAUGAUGACCCACCUCAACGAGGCUUCCGUGUUGUAUAACCUCAAAGAGCGUUAUGCGGCCUGGAUGAUCUAUACCUACUCUGGGCUGUUCUGCGUCACGGUAAACCCGUACAAGUGUCUCCCAGUGUAUAAGCAGGAGGUCGUGGUGGCCUACAGGGGCAAAAAGCGCCAAGAGGCUCCACCACACAUCUUCUCCAUCUCUGACAAUGCCUAUCAAUUCAUGCUUACUGAUAGAGAGAAUCAGUCUAUCCUUAUCACUGGAGAAUCUGGUGCAGGCAAGACUGUGAACACCAAACGUGUCAUCCAAUACUUUGCGACAAUCGCCGUAUCGGGGGACAGAAAGAAAGACGCUGCUGCCUCGGGCAAAAUGAAGGGGACUCUGGAGGACCAGAUCAUUUCUGCCAACCCAUUGCUGGAAGCCUUUGGAAAUGCCAAGACAGUCCGAAAUGAUAACUCCUCUCGUUUUGGCAAAUUCAUAAGAAUUCACUUUGCAACUACAGGAAAGCUGGCUUCCGCUGACAUUGAAACUUACCUGCUGGAAAAAUCCAGAGUAACGUUUCAGCUGGUUGCUGAGAGGAGCUAUCAUAUCUUCUACCAGAUCAUGUCCAACAAAAAGCCUGAGCUGAUAGAGACUCUUCUCAUCUCCACCAACCCUUACGACUACCCAUUUAUAAGCCAAGGGGAAAUCAGUGUGGCUAGUAUUGAUGACAGCGAGGAACUGAUGGCCACCGAUAGUGCCGUUGACGUCCUAGGCUUUACCGGAGAGGAGAAGAUUGGCAUAUACAAGCUAACUGGUGCUGUGUUGCAUUAUGGGAACAUGAGGUUCAAACAGAAGCAGAGAGAGGAGCAGGCAGAGCCAGACGGCACAGAGGUGGCUGACAAGGCAGCUUACCUCAUGGGCCUAAACUCUGCUGACCUGCUUAAGUCCUUGUGCUACCCGAGAGUGAAGGUUGGGAAUGAGUAUGUGACCAAAGGACAGACUGUGCAGCAGGUCUACAAUUCCAUUGGCGCUUUGGCCAAGUCCGUCUACGAGAAAAUGUUCCUGUGGAUGGUCAUUCGCAUUAACCAGAUGUUAGAUACCAAGCAGCCGAGGCAAUUCUUCAUAGGCGUCUUGGAUAUUGCUGGGUUUGAGAUUUUCGAUUAUAACAGUCUGGAACAGCUGUGUAUCAACUUCACCAAUGAGAAACUGCAACAGUUUUUCAACCACCACAUGUUUGUACUGGAGCAAGAGGAGUAUAAGAAGGAAGGUAUAGAAUGGACGUUCAUUGACUUUGGAAUGGACUUGGCUGCAUGUAUAGAGCUCAUUGAAAAGCCGAUGGGCAUUUUCUCCAUUCUUGAAGAGGAGUGUAUGUUCCCCAAGGCUUCAGACACCACAUUCAAGAACAAGCUGUAUGACCAGCAUCUUGGGAAAUCAAACAACUUUCAGAAGCCCAAGCCUGUCAAAGGCAAGGCCGAGGCUCACUUCUCCCUGGUGCACUAUGCUGGCACGGUAGACUACAGCAUCACCGGCUGGCUGGACAAGAACAAGGAUCCUCUGAAUGAAACCGUAGUUCAGCUCUACCAGAAAGCUGGCCUGAAGCUGCUGUCAUUCCUCUACUCUAGUUACUCUUCAUCUGACGAAAGUACUGGCGUUGCUGGUAAGAAAACAGCAAAGAAGAAGGGCUCAUCCUUCCAAACAGUGUCGGCCCUCUUCAGGGAAAACCUGGGAAAGCUGAUGACAAAUCUGCGCAGCACCCAUCCUCAUUUCGUAAGAUGUCUGAUUCCAAAUGAGACCAAAACUCCAGGGGUCAUGGAGAACCAUUUGGUCAUUCAUCAGCUGCGAUGCAACGGCGUGUUGGAAGGAAUCCGAAUCUGCAGAAAGGGCUUCCCAAGUAGAAUACUGUAUGGGGACUUCAAGCAAAGGUACAAAGUACUGAAUGCCAGUGUGAUCCCUGAUGGCCAGUUUAUUGACAACAAAAAAGCCGCAGAGAAGUUACUGGGCUCAAUUGAUGUGGACCACAAUCAGUACAAAUUUGGGCACACCAAGGUGUUCUUCAAAGCAGGACUCUUGGGUCUGUUAGAGGAGAUGAGGGAUGAGAAACUGGCCUCUCUCAUCACUAUUACUCAAGCCUUGUGCCGAGGCUUCCUCCAGAGGAGGGAGUUCCAGAAAAUGAUGGAGAGAAGAGAAUCCAUCUACAUUGUUCAGUACAACAUCCGCUCCUUCAUGAAUGUGAAACAUUGGCCAUGGAUGAAGCUGUACUUCAAGCUCAAACCCCUCCUAAGGAGUGCGGAAACUGAGAAGGAGAUGGCCACUAUGAAAGUGGAAUUUGCGAAGUGUAAGGAUGAUCUAGGCAAAGCUGAAACCAAAAGGAGGGAGCUGGAAGCCAAAAUGGUUUCCCUGCUUCAGGAGAAAAAUGAUUUGCUUCUGCAGGUUCAGUCUGAAAGUGAGGGCCUGGCAGAUGCUGAGGAGCGGUGCGAGGGACUGAUAAAGAACAAGAUCCAGCUGGAGGCCAAAGCCAAAGAGCUAAGUGAGAGACUGGAGGAUGAGGAGGAAGUGAACGCUGAGCUGACCACUAAGAAGAGGAAGCUGGAGGAUGAGUGCUCUGAGCUGAAGAAGGACAUUGAUGACCUGGAACUUACCUUGGCCAAAGUGGAGAAGGAGAAACAUGCCACAGAAAAUAAGGUGAAGAAUCUGACAGAGGAAAUGUCGACUCAAGAUGACAUCAUUGCCAAAUUAUCUAAGGAGAAGGCGGCCCUCCAAGAGGCCCACCAAAGGACACUGGAUGACCUACAGGCAGAGGAAGACAAGGCCAACUCUCUGACCAAAGCCAAGGUCAAGCUGGAACAACAAGUGGAUGAUCUUGAGGGUUCUCUGGAGCAAGAAAAAAAGAUCCGGAUGGAUAUAGAGCGAGCCAAAAGAAAGCUUGAAGGUGAUCUGAAACUAUCACAAGAGUCCAUAAUGGAUCUAGACAACGACAAGCAGCAGCUGGAGGAUCGCCUUAAAAAGAAAGACUUUGAAUUCAGCUCAUUAGUAGCAAAAAUCGAGGAUGCACAUAGUAUGGCUGUACAAUCGCAGAAGAAGAUCAAGGAGCUUCAGGCUCGGAUCGAAGAGCUAGAGGAAGAGAUUGAGGCCGAGCGUCUUGCCAGGGCCAAGGUGGAGAAACAGAGAGCUGAUCUCUCCAGGGAGCUGGAGGAGAUCAGUGAGAGACUAGAGGAGGCCGGAGGGGCCACUGCCUCGCAGAUCGAGAUGAACAAAAAGCGAGAGGCUGAGUUUCAGAAACUCAGACGAGACCUUGAGGAGUCGACUCUCCAUAACGAAGCCACGGCAGCGACUCUGAGGAAGAAACAUGCCGACACUGUGGCCGAGCUUGGAGAGCAGAUCGACAACCUGCAGCGGGUGAAACAGAAGCUGGAGAAAGAGAAGAGUGAAUACAAGAUGGAGACCGACGACCUCUCAAGCAACAUAGAGGUCAUAACCAAGGGAAAGGCGAAUUAUGAGAAACUGUGUCGCUCUCUAGAGGACCAGCUUAGUGAAUACAAGACAAAACACGAUGAGCACAUUUGUCUGAUCAAUGAAAUCAAUGCUCAAAGGGCACGACUUCAGACUGAUAAUGGUGAGAUGUCGCGUUCUCUUGAGGAGAAAGAUACAAUACUUUCUCAAAUGUCAAGGGCUAAGCUUGCAUUCACUCAACAAAUUGAGGAACUGAAGAGGCAGGCUGAGGAAGACACAAAGGCCAAGAAUGCUCUUGCCCAUGCCCUCCAAUCUGCUCGCCAUGACUGCGACCUGCUGAGGGAACAGUUUGAGGAGGAGCAGGAGGCAAAGGCUGAGCUCCAGAGAGGCAUGUCCAAAGCUAACAGUGAGGUGGCCCAAUGGAGAGCCAAAUAUGAGACCGAUGCCAUCCAGCGCACCGAUGAACUGGAGGAAGCAAAGAAGAAACUGGCUCAGCGUUUGCAGGAGGCUGAGGAGGCCAUUGAGGCAGUGAACACUAAGUGUUCAUCCUUGGAGAAGACCAAGCAGCGGCUGCAGAGCGAGGUGGACGACCUCAUGGCUGAGGUGGAAAAGGCAAAUACACAAGCAUCUGUCCUGGAUAAAAAGCAGAGAAACUUUGAUAAGAUUCUUGCUGAGUGGAAGCAGAAGUACGAGGAGAGCCAGGCUGAGCUGGAGGGUUUACAGAAAGAGUCUCGUUCCCUCAGCACCGAGCUUUUCAAAAUAAAAAACUCUUAUGAGGAAGCUUUGGAUCAUCUAGAGGGUCUCAAACGAGAAAAUAAGAAUUUGCAACAGGAAAUUUCUGAUCUGACUGAACAACUUGGGGAGAAUGGCAAAGCCAUCCAUGAGCUUGAGAAGAGUAAAAAACAAACUGAGAAUGAGAAGACAGAGAUCCAAUCUGCUUUAGAGGAGGCUGAGGCUUCUUUGGAACACGAGGAAUCCAAAAUUCUUCGCAUCCAGUUGGAGCUCACCCAGGUGAAAGGGGAAGUAGACCGUAGGCUGGCAGAGAAGGAGGAGGAGAUAGAGCAGAUGAAGCGCAACUACCAGCGUGUUGUCGAAACCAUGCAGUCAGCAUUAGACUCUGAGAUACGCAGCAGGAACGAUGCCAUGAGAAUCAGGAAGAAGAUGGAGACCGAUCUCAAUGAGAUGGAGAUCCAGCUGAGCCACGCCAACCGGCAGGCAACAGAAGCCCAGAAGCAGCUGAGGAAUGUCCAAGUACACCUCAAGGAACAAACCAUUCAUCUGGAUGAGGCGCUACAUAGCCAGGAGGACCUGAAGGAGCAGGUGGCCAUAACGGAGCGUAGGAGUGCUCUGAUGCAGGCAGAGAUCGAGGAGCUCAGGGCGGCUGUGGAGCAGACUGAGAGGAGCCGCAGAAUGGCCGAACAGGAGCUGACGGACGCCUGUGAGAGAGUGGGGCUGCUGCACUCUCAGAAUACUAGCCUCCUCAGCUCCAAGAAGAAGCUGGAUGCGGAUGUCAGUCACCUUCAGGGUGAAGUGGAGGAUGCAGUCCAAGAGGCUCGCAAUGCAGAGGAAAAGGCCAAGAAGGCUAUCACUGAUGCGGCCAUGAUGGCUGAGGAGCUGAAGAAGGAGCAGGACACUUGUGGUCACCUGGAGAGGAUGAAGAAGAACCUGGAGGCCUCAGUGAAGGAUCUGCAGCACCGUCUGGAUGAGGCUGAGAAUCUGGCUUUGAAGGGAGGAAAGAAGCAGCUUCAGAAACUGGAGGCUCGGGUGCGCGAGCUGGAGGGUGAAGUGGAGGGCGAACAGAAAAGAGGCGCUGAUGCCAUCAAGGGAAUACGCAAGUACGAGAGGAGAGUCAAGGAGCUGAGCUACCAGACGGAGGAGGACAAGAAGACUAUCUUGAGGCUCCAGGAUUUAGUGGACAAGCUGCAACUGAAAGUCAAGUCCUACAAACGUCAGACUGAGGAGGCUGAGGAGCAAGCCAAUGUCCAACUGGCUAAGCUGAGGAAGGUGCAGCAUGAGCUGGAAGAGGCGGGGGAGCGGGCCGACAUCGCCGAGUCCCAGGUCAACAAGAUGAGAGCCAAAACUAGAGAUUUUGGAAAGGUGAUUGUUGAUCAAAUAAUGUCAAUAGUUGUGUGGUCUUUGUCUGUGGAGGUGGGUCAGCAGGGUUCUCAGCCUCUGAAGCUGGGUUUGAUUUAG